CUGCAAGCAAAAAAUUGAAAUGUAUUAUGCGAUACGAAAAAUAUUACCUGAAUUUUUUCAAAACAAAAAUCCUUGUUCUCCUCGUAUGCAAGAGGCUGCAGAUAAAAUGUAUUUUAUUCCACUUCCAAAAGUUACAAAGGAAGGAUACAGGGUUUCUAUAGUUAAAUUUGUUGACGACAACCCAAAAAAUUUUCAAGUAUACGAUUUCUAUGCUCAUACUUACAAUGUAACCGAAAUAAGAUUGCACGAAGACGUUACUGUAGGCGAUAUCCUCGUUUACGAUUUCAGCGGCUUAAAAGUGGGACAUUUUUUCAAAUUAACACCAGUAAUUUUGAAGAAAACCUCUAUAAUUCUAGAGAAAGUAUAUAGUAACAGAGUAAAACAAAUUCAUAUACUAAACAGCCCAAAGUAUGCUUCUGCCACGAUUUCUGUUACCAAACAAGUUAUGAAGUCCAAAAUGGCGGCUAGGAUUCAUGUUCAUAAAGGAAGCGAAUCAAUUUUUAAGUAUAUAUCUUCAAAAAUAAUGCCUAUUGAUUAUGGAGGCGAAGAAAUUUGUUUGUCAGAUCUUAAUGAAUUGUGGAAGAUUAAAUUGGCGGAAUAUAAAGAACGAUUUGACGUCCUAGAGAGUCUGGAGAUUACGGUGGAAUCCAAGUCGACAUCCCUAAUAAAUCAAGUUUUUGGUAUUCACGAAAAUUUCAGGAAGCUCGACGUUGAUUAACAAUAAAUAAUUAAGUAAAAUUGAUUAUUUACUUUUAUAUUUAAUUAAGAAAAAAAAUGUAUUUUCAGUUUUAUUUUGUUGUUAUAUUAUGUACAUGUAUGUCGUAAAUCCUGUAUUACAUUACGCCGGAUUGCGGAAAUAGGGUUUCCAACUAUUAAUUUUUGAAAUCCAGAACAGAUCACUAAAAUUUGUAAACAAACAAGGACACAUGGUAACACAACA